AUGCUCGACGGGUGGACCGACGAGGAGUUCGAGGUGCUGCGCUCCCCGUGGCUCGUGUGGGGGCACUUCGCGCUGACGUGCGUCCUGUUCGUCGUCGUCAUCGUCCACCAGUGGCUCCGGUCGGGCCCGGAAGUGCCCAACAGCGUGGGCUUCUUCCACCCGUUCACCUCGGACGGCGGGGGCGGCGAGAGGGUGCUCUGGUGCGCGGUGCGCGAGAUCCAGCGCGCCAGACCGGACUGCCAGUGCGUCAUCUAUACCGGCGACGACGCCAGCGGCGAGGAGCUCGCGCGGCGCGCCAAGGAGCGCUUCGGCGUGGAACUGCGCACCGUUCCCGGGGUGGUCAAGCUGCGAUGGCGCGACCUCGUCGUCCCCGAGCGGUACCCGGUGCUCACGAUGGUCGGCCAGGCGAUCGGCGGCGCGCUGCUCACCGCGGAGGCCGUGACGUCGUACCGACCCACCGUGUUCUUCGACACCGUCGGGCACGCCUUCGGGUACCCCGUCGCGAGACUCGCGGGAUGCGUCGUCGCGUGCUACGUCCACUACCCGACAAUCUCAUCCGACAUGAUUGCUCGAGUCGCCACGCGUUCCGACAUGUACAACAACCGAUCCAUCGUCGCGCGCUUUUGGCUUCUCAGCGCUUUAAAGCUGGCGUACUACCGGCUGUUCGCCGUCGCGUACGGAUGGUGCGGACGGUACGCGACGUGCGUCGCCGCGAACAGCUCGUGGACGGCGGCGCAUCUGAGACGACUGUGGCGCGUCGACCGUAUCCGAGUUGUGUAUCCGCCGUGCGACGUGGCGGGUCUCACCGACUUUUCUCUGUCCGACAGAUCGGGCUGGGGUCGAUCGACCGGUGUUCAAGGGGGUGAAGGGGGUGUUCAAGGGGUCGAAGGGGGUGUUCAAGGGGUCGAAAGGGUCGAGGCGAACGAAAGGGUCGAAGGAGUCGAGGGAGGCGGAGGGAACGGAGAUGGGCCGUACCUGGUAUCCGUGGGGCAGUUCCGCCCGGAGAAGGACCACGCGCUGCAGCUGCGGGCGUGGGCGAAGAUGCGCGCCGACGAGCGCGACGCGACAACCCCGAGCGUGCCCCCCAACGCGAGGCUCAAGAUCGUGGGCGGGUGCCGGAACGAGGGCGACGAGCGCAGGCUCGACGCCCUGCGUUCUUUGACGAAGGACUUGGGCGUCGACGACUCGGUCGAGUUCCACGUCGACGUUCCCUACGCCAGGCUUCGCGAGUUACUCGGCGGCGCCGCGGGGGGGGUGCACACGAUGCUCGACGAGCACUUUGGGAUUUGCGUCGUCGAGUACAUGGCGGCUGGAGCCGUGCCCAUCGCGCACGACAGCGCGGGUCCCGCGAUGGACAUCGUCGUCCCGGCGGUGAGGCCAGAGGCGUCUGAAGGCGAUGACGAGAGUCCGAACGAUGGGCCCUCCGGAGACGAUGUAGCCCGCCUCCCCGUCGGAUUCCUGGCCACCACGGUGGACGGCUACGCCGACGCCAUGUGGGCGGCGCUGAGCAUGACCGACGACGAGCGGGUGACGAUGGCGACGUUGGCGAGGGCGAGGGCGAACGCCUUCGGCGAGGGGAAGUUUAACGGGGCGUUUCUCGACGCGGUGGCGCCGGCGCUGGCGAGCCUUGCGGUGGACAGGAGAGACGCCAUCUUGGAGGCGGCGGGGGUACGAACGCGGGGACCGCACGGCGUGGUGUCGCCGGCGGGCGGCCCGCGGCGGCGGCGAGGGUAG